UCCGCGGGGUGCAGGAGGUGUCGGCCGUGCUCUACCACCUCGAGCAGACGGAGCACCCCUACAAGUCCAAGAAGGCGGUGUGGCACAAGCUCCUCUCCAAGCAGCGCCGCCGCGCCGUCGUCGCCUGCUUCCGCAUGACGCCCCUCUACAACCUGCCCAGGCACCGCGCCUGUAACAUGUUCCUCGAGGCGUACAAGCUCUCCUGGCUGCUCCCGAGGAGCACCCCUUCGAGGACCGCAUGAUCGACGACCUCUCGAAGUCGGGGGAGGAGGAGGAGGAGGAGGAAGAGGAGCGGGAUAAGAAGCCGGACCCCCCUGCACCAGCUCAUCCUGCACUUCAGCCGGACGGCGCUGACGGAGAAGAGUAAGUUGGAGAAGGAUUAUUUGUACAUGGCGUACGCUGGCAUCAUGGCCAAGAGCUGCCACAUCGAGGAAGGGGAAGAAGAGAAGGAGGAGGAGGAGAAGGGGGAGGAAGAAGCUGAGGACUCAUUCGAGGAGAAGGAGAUGGAGAAGCAGAGGCUGCUGUACCAGCAAGCCCGGCUGCACACGCGGGGGGCGGCCGAGAUGGUGCUGCAGAUGAUCAGCGCCUGCAAGGGGGAGCGGGGCGACAUGGUCUCCUCCACCCUCAAGCUGGGCAUCUCCAUCCUCAACGGGGGCAACGCCGAGGUGCAGCAGAAAAUGCUGGACUACCUGAAGGAGAAGCGGGAGGUCGGGUUCUUCCAGAGCGUCCAGGCCCUGAUGCAGACCUGCAGCGUCCUGGACCUCAACGCCUUCGAGCGGCAGAACAAGGCGGAGGGGCUGGGCAUGGUGACGGAGGAGGGGACGAUCAUCAGCCGUGAGAACG